AAUUUCAGAUCAUUUAGUUGGGAAAGUUUAUCGAGACAUGAUGAAUCGAUUACUUGGUCUUAUUUAUUACAAUCUUAAACGAGGUGGAAGAUAUCAAGCAGUUCUUUUUGUGAUUUUCUUUUGGUGGCUUUUGAUAUUUGGAUUCAAUCAAGUGCCUACAAAUGAUAUCGAAUUUCAAUUGGAUAGAAAUAUGAUUGAAUUAAAUAAAAAAGUGAACGAAAAUUUCAACUUAUUAGAACCUGUCUUUGUGGGUGAACCUGACGUUGAAGCAAUUCAACUAACCACCAUUGAAGUGGACUCAGAUGAUUCAAAAUAUCCGAGAAACUACAAAGAACAAGAUAAAAAGUGCAAGAAACUUCAAGAGAUGUUCAUUAAUUUCCUUGAUCGAAAGUUUGGUGAGAAUGGAACUGCGCUUAAGAUUUUUCCAAACAUUCCUGAAGUCGCUUUAGAAAUUCAAAAUGUUGGAUGGAAAACUCAUCAAUUCAAUGAAUUAGCAUCUGAAUUGAUUUCUGUGAAAAGAAGUCUCUUCGAUUAUCGGACAGAUUAUUGUUUAAAAGCUGCAAAGCAUUACGAUGAAAAUCUUCCAUCAACAUCUGUGAUUAUAAUUUUCCACAACGAAGCUUGGUCGACACUUCUUCGAACGGUUCAUUCAGUUCUUGAUCGUUCACCAGAACAUUUAAUCACUGAAAUUAUUCUCGUUGAUGAUUUUUCAGACAUGGAACAUUUGAAGACGCCGCUGGAAGUUUACAUGUCAAAUUAUCCCAAGGUUAAAAUAUUGCGAACAGCGAAACGAGAUGGUUUAAUUAGAGCGCGAAUUAGUGGCACGAAAUUGGCUCAAGGCCCUGUCUUAACAUUUCUCGAUUCUCAUGUUGAAUGCACUGAUGGUUGGCUUGAACCGCUUCUCAGUCGAAUCGCUGAAGAUUCACAAAAAAUUCCGUUCCCUAUCAUUGACUUGAUAAGUGACGAAACUUUCGAAUAUGUCCCACAUAAGAAUCUUGACAGAAUGCUUGUGGGUGGGUUCGAUUGGUCUUUGAUAUUCCGAUGGAAAGUCUUAUCAGAAGAUUUUAGAAAGGUUAGAUCAGACUUGUCGGAACCUGUGCCGUCUCCAACAAUGGCUGGCGGUUUGUUCUCAAUCGACAAGAAGUUCUUUGAGAAGCUGGGAAUGUACGAUCCUGAAUUCGAAUUCUGGGGUGGCGAAAAUCUUGAACUUUCCUUCAAAACUUGGAUGUGUGGUGGAAGUUUAGAGCUCAUUCCUUGCUCUCGUGUUGGUCACAUCUUUAGAAAGGUUUCACCAUUUAAAUGGGAUGUUAAAACAUUCAAAAAGAAUUGUGCAAGAUUAGCUGAAGUUUGGUUGGAUGACUACGCCAAAUAUUAUUAUAUUCGUACCGGGAAUGUCACCAUUGACAUUGGUGACGUCAGUGAACGUAAAAAACUACGUGAAAGUUUAAAUUGUAAAUCAUUUGAUUGGUAUUUGAAGAAUAUUUAUCCAGAUCUUCAUAUUCCUGGUGAUUCAAUUGCCUUUGGUCGGAUUAGAAGUGCUAUUAAGGAUGGUUUCAAUUGUGUAAAUGGUCAAGAGUCGGGAAUUUAUCCUGUGCCUUGUGAUUCAAUGCAUGAAAGUCAGUACUGGGAAUUUUAUGAUGGAUUGAUUGGCAGAGAUCAUUACUUCAUGGAAUUGAAUGAUGGAAAGCUUCGAUUAGUGAAGCACAAAACUCUUGAAAAUGUUCAAUUGUGGAAUUAUGAUGAGAAAACUUCACAAAUUAUCCACAAAAAUUCAGGAAAAUGUCUCACAAAAUCAUCAGAACCAGGAACUUUGGUCUUAUCAGAAUGUAAGGAAGCUUUAACUAAUCAAAAAUGGAUUUUAGAGAACUUCUCACCAGAACGUUUGAAAGUUUUCUGAGACAAUAAAAGGAGAAUUUGUCCUCUCAAUGUAUUGUGGAAAGCGAGCGCAUUUCUGAGUGUAGAUAUUAAGUUUGAAUUGAUAUUUUAUAUACAUUUAUACA